AUGACCGUCACCGACUCGAUCAAGAAUGCCGUUGGUCUUGGCGAACCGCGCAAGGCCACCCGCGAGGAGAUGAGUGCCGCCCGCCUGCCCCUGCCCUACAGAGACUCGUGCGCACAUCUCCUGAUCCCAUUGAACCGGUGUCGGUAUGAGGAGUACUAUCUGCCGUGGAAGUGCGAGAACGAGCGACACAGCUACGAAAAGUGCCAGUACGAGGAGUUCAAGGAGCGCGUGAAGAAGAUGGACGAGUUGAGGGCGGCCAAGGGCGGGGAACGAAGCAACUAA